UGAACCGUAUGACAGACAUGACAUUGUCUGGAACUCCGUGAUCUGGCCAGGCUGUGUAGUGGAACUGAGUCACUGUCACUGACUUAUCGUACUUCAAUUCCUAAAUUAAUAUGCCAGUACUGCAGGCACUUUUGCUGCAAUAAUGGAAUUGUGGGUGGUGGAUGGGGGUUCAGAUGGUUUAUGAAAAUGUUGUGGCUUACUUUCCCCAUCUCCACACAUCUAGUCAACAUGACUACAGCUUCAACCUUGUACUGACACACCAUCCUCCAGAAGUCCUCCACCGUCUCUUUCAACGGACCUUUAUAAAUAUUCAAGAUGGAUUCAAAUUAUGGUUCUUCCUCAUUACUUACAUGGAUAAAUAUUCUUGAAUUUAUUCUUUGGGAUGUUAUGUGGAAGACAAGCCACUUUGCUCUCUGACUGAAACUGAU